AUGCUUAGUGAAGAGAAUGCAAAACAUUUUGUUCGUGGGUCUUCAUUGUACCGCAUUCUUCAGCCCUGGUGGGAUGUCGUCUGUCAUUAUCUCUGCAUUAUAAUGCUCAUGAUUGCCAUGUUUGGAGGGACUCUACAGUUUUUAUUGCACAGGAUCAUAUGUGUCCCAUGUCAAACGACUUCAGACAGGCUAUGUGAGGGCAGAUUUGUAAAUCAAAGCAUGUCGGAAUCACAAUUCAGCUACCUACACCUUCCUAGAACCCACAAGCUUGACGUGCAACAGUAUAACUAUGUUGAUUCCAUAUGCUAUGAACACUACGUGAGCUGGUUUGUUAAGUUCUUUCCAUAUUUAGUCAUGGUGCAGACACUGGCUUUGGUUGUAGUGAGCAACUUCUGGCUAAAAUACCCAAGCACAUGUUCUAGGCUUCAGCAUUUUGUUGCAAUCCUACAGAAGUGUUGUGACUCGCCUUGGACUACCAGAGCCCUAUCGGAAUGCGCUGCAAAGCAAGGAGGCAACCAGACAACCCCCAAACUAUGUGACUCUAAUGGAGAGACAGCUACUGACAGGGAGAAGAAACCUAUAGCAGUGAAUCUUCUCAGCUCCCUUAACAAGAAGGAGGCAGAGCAAGCAAAAGCUUUAUUUGAAAAGGUCAAGAAGCUUAAGGUGCACGUGGAGGGGAAAGACAUGGUUUAUUACAUUUACAUGAAGCAGAUCAUUGCUAAAAUGAUUCUUUCGACUCUCACACUGAUUUAUGUUCUUUACGCGUCUACAUGGAUGUUGCAUGAUGUUGCCUGCAAGGUGAAUUUGUAUACAUUCAUUCCAGUACAAGUGUUUCACUGCAUCUUCCCUUUAGCCUCCAUUUUUUGGUUUCUUUCCCUCUUUUACACGUUGCUCUUGGUGGUGUAUUUUCUGGCUUGCUUUUAUGGCUUUUUGUGGAUGAUAAGGAAUUCACUUAAACAGUAUUCCUUUGAUGUUACGCUUGAAGAAAGCAAAUACAAUGACAUUCCUGAUGUCAAAAAUGACUUUGCUUUCAUAUUUCACCUGCUGGAUAAGUACAAUCCAUUGCUGUCCAAGCAAUUUGCAGUGUUUCUCUCCGAGGUCAGCGAAAGAAAAUUGCGUCAACUGGACCUAAAUAACAUUUGGCCCCUGGACAAAUUAGUCCCCAAAGUGGUGAAAACUCCUAAUGAGCAGGUGGAGCUUCACCUCAUGCUACUUAGUGGCAUUCCUGAUGCUGUUUUUGAGAUAAAAGAACUGGAAGUUCUAAAACUACAAUCAAUUUUAGAUCCGAGACUUCCACCGAAAAUUACUCAGCUUGGUAAACUCAAGGAGCUUUGGCUUGAUAACUCUCCUGCAUCAGUAGACCACAAUGCCCUGGACUUUCUCACCAAGAACCUAAGAAUCUUGAGACUAAAAUUCACAGACGCAGAAAAAGCCCCACGGUGGAUCUUCAGCUUGAGAAACUUAAAUGAGUUGUAUUUGUAUGGAGGCCUUUUGUCAGACGACAAGCAGGCAUUCAUCAGUGGCAUCCGCAGCCUCAAGGAACUGAAGAUUCUGUUUAUCAAGUGCAGCAUAAGUUACCUACCCAGGGUGAUCACACAUGCAGUGCCCUCCAUUCAGAAGCUUUUAGUGGACAAUGAAGGAACCCCAUUCAGAUCAGCCCAAAGUCUAAGAGCUAUGUCACACCUGACCUGCUUGGAGCUUUUGAACUGUGACCUGCAACGAAUCCCGAGUUCAGUCUUCUACCUCAGAAACCUACAGGAAAUCGACCUCAAAGGGAACAAUCUCAAAACUAUUGAAGAAAUUGUCAGCUUUCAGCAUUUCCCAAGGCUUUUUCUGCUAAAGCUAGAAUGCAACAGCAUCACACACAUUCCUGUUCACAUUGGGUGUUUGAAAACCCUGGGACAGCUUCACCUGAGUCGUAACUUCAUCAGCAGCUUGCCAGGACAACUCUUCCAGUGCAGUAGACUGUAUCAUCUGGAUCUGAGUCAUAACAAGCUGUCUGCUAUCCCUGAUGAAAUACAGGACAUGGAGAGGCUACAGACUUUAAAUCUUUCCAACAACAAUAUUGCUGCUCUCCCAGAAGGGCUUUUCAAAUGCACGACACUUCAGCUUCUUAUUCUGGAUCAUAACAACCUGAAAACGGUAUCAGCGCAGGUUGGUAAGUUGACAAACCUGACUUUGUUGGACCUGAGGAAGAACCAGCUGGAGUGUUUAGCUCCUGAACUAGAGGAAUGUCUGAAACUCAGACCAAAUGGACUUUUAGUAGAGAUGGGGCUUUUAAACACUCUGCCUCCCGACGUCAAAGAGUGCUUUCAAAGAACUGAGAAAGAAAAUCUGAGCCAACAUGAGACUGAUGCAGCCAGUUCAGCCAAUACAGCUGGUUGAAACAUGAUGAUCUGUGACUCAGGUCAUAGAGACAACAAGCUGACCUGCACUGUCUGAAUGAACUCUAAACAUGACACUCCUUAUUCCUAGCUUUGAUGUAUUAUUUCACUUUUGUUUGCUCUUUUUGCUGUUCUGGUUUCAACUAAAUAAUUGUUGUUGGUGUUCUUGAUUUUCUUUUUAUUUGCAGUAAAUUCUGUUCUGGAUCCUGUCUGGCCAUUCACCACUUGAUCUAGCAAUUCUGUAUUUCAUGUUGCAUGAAAAUUCAAUUAAACACGUAAUAACACUUAAUUAAACACUAUAAAAAUUA